CGUAUUUGCAUAAAGUAGCAUCGUGCUAAUCUAACUAGCAAACAUAGCUGCUGGUUGCCACUCCGGUUUAAAGGACACUGUUAGAAACAGGAGCCAAAGUUAAAGUCCAAACUGAGAACUUCAACUGAACGCAUUGUUGUGAAUACUUUUAAGAGGAUACUCUGCUUUGUUUCACAUGAUUCAGAGUUUGUGUAAUAUCUCCCGUGGAACUGGAUUAAGGUGACGGUAAUCAAGUUUGCUUUCGUCUCCGACUUUAAAAUUAAAACAGUUUUAAAGCUAAUGUAUGUCCAUUCAAAAUUGUGGGCGUGCGUUUACUGGCACAUGGUGGUAAAGUACCUUUUAAAAGUUUCCACUUUCAGUUUUAAUAAAGCGUAGGAGGGAAGGGAGAGGGGGGGAAAACUGUGAGAAUUUAAUUGUGUUGCCGACCGAGCUUCCUGAUCUGAUCACAGCUUUCUUGGGAGGAAUUUCGACACGUAUGCAGUGCAAAGAUCACAAUCAAUAAAAUAUCCUGCCCCUCUGAAACUUUUACCCGCCCAGCAAUUUCCUCGCCCAAUUAUGUCUGAGCAAGGCGAAUACAGCAAUUUGGAGUCAGAUGGCUGUCCUGACUUCUCAAAGUUCGACAAUCGCUUCCAGUCCUUCCGGGGAUCCACCCUGGCUCGACAAGUCCCACCUGAACGGCUGGCGAGGGCGGGCUUUUACUUCACCGGCGACGCAGACCGCGUCCAGUGUUUCAGCUGCAAUCAGACUGUGGAGAACUGGCAUAGUGGAGACACACCUGUGCAAAGGCACAAGGAGGUUUCUCCAUCAUGUCGGUUCCUCGUGUGCUCCCACCCAAACAGCAUGAAGCCGAAUUACAUUACCCCCCUCAUCUACGACGAAGUUGCAGAAGACAUGCAGUACCGAGUGUCCACUGGUGAAGUGGUCGACGAGACCCUCUACCCCAGGAUACCUCACAUGAAGAGUGAACAGGUCCGCCUGGACACCUUUUCAUCUUGGCCCUCCACUGCGCCCGUAAGACCCAGAGACCUGGCUCAAGCCGGCUUCUACUACUUGGGACAGGCCGACCGGGUGGAGUGCUUCUGCUGCGGCAACAAGCUGAACAACUGGGAAAACGGAGACCGCCCUUGGGAAGAACACUCCACACACUUUCCCAACUGCUUUUUCAUCCUCGGCCACGACGUAGGGAACGUCCCUCUGCUGGACAACUCAGAUGAGCCGAUGUUGGAAGAUCAAAACGUGAACCAGGGGAGAAAUAUGGAGACUUUCGAGGGGAGGCUCAGUAGCUUCGCUCAUGUUCGGCACCCCGUCGACCACGAGAGGCUCGCGAGAGCCGGUUUCUACAGCACAGGGCAGGAAGACCAGGUGUUAUGCUUCUGCUGUGGUGGAGGUUUAAAAGGCUGGGGCCCUGAUGAAGACCCCUGGGAAGAACAUGCUAAAGAAUACCCAGGAUGCAGCUUCCUGUUGGAAGAAAAGGGAGCUGCUUUUGUCAACGGCAUUCAGCUCAAAGGAAUUGAACAAAGAAGUGCUGCUUCAAGUCAUCAGAAUGGAUUUUCAGCCAGUGAAAAAGACGAGGACCCAAUGGAGAAACUAAUGAAGCUGCAGAGGGAAAAGCAGUGCAAAAUCUGCAUGGACAGAGAUAUUUGCAUCGUCUUCAUCCCGUGCGGUCAUCUGGUCAGUUGCAAGCAGUGCUCGGAGUCACUCGUCAAGUGUCCGAUCUGCUGCGGAGCCAUCGCACAAAAAAUCAAAGCCUACAUCGGUUAAGGGAAAAUACAAGCUGCUGUCUAUCAUGGAUGCUGCUUUAUGUUCUAAAUGUUAUAAUUUAAAGCAGGUGUGGUAGGUAUGUUGUUCUAGGAGGGAAUUUGUAGAUUUCACUAAGAGCAGCAACA